AUGUGUUGUACUUUAGCUUUAGCAAACGUUACAAUCGCAGCACCCAUUCAAGACUUAUCUGUAACAUCAGUUGACUUGGCUGAAAAUACAUUGAAUGCAAAUGGAGAUGAGCGUCUUUUUGUAACAGUGACUAGAAUAGAUGAUCUUGUCGACGACGAUGGCUCACUCUUAGCUGAACGUAUUAUGGCUGUGAAAGUUACUUUUGAUGUCGUCGACAAUCAAUUAAUGUGUAACGGUCAACCUUUUGAUAUUGGUGUUUCAAAUAUAGAAGUUGAAGCCCAAGUGGCAUCCAAUCCUGAUAAAUUAGUGAUCAAUUCAGAAGAAGAUGCUGCGAUACUAGCAGAUUCUUUUGAUACUGGGCUCGUUACGGUAGAAGUGACAGCAAGUGUCUUGGAUGAACUGAAGACAGAUGAUGGUAUGACUUUCCGCAGGAUCAAUGUGAAGGAAGUGAUAACAGAAGUAAACGGGCUCAAGGUAGUGCAAACGGAAGCUGGCCAGCAAAUUUUGGAUGUAUUUGAUAAUGGUGAUUUCAUUAAAUGGUCCAUCGAUCCUCUCACCGGUUUCAUGCUACCUGGGCCUGCCAUAGUUGAAGCUGAUAAUGCCUUUUCUGUUGUGGACUGCCCUAGCUGUCAUAGUUUUGAUUUAAGGAACUGGUGGAAUGAGAACACCACAGGCAUGGAAGGUUUGAUUGGUGGUAUCAUUUUUGCCUUUGUCUUAUGCAUGUGCUUAGCUAUUCGCUACCUAAUCACUAGUGCUGCAGUCGAAACAUAUGAACAAAUUCCUGCAGUACAAAGGGAGGAUGAAGAGAAAGAACAACCGCCAGCUUACGCUGAGAAGGAAGAGGGAGGACAGCAACCUCUGCUGUCAGAAGAAAAAGCAUUCCAGAAGUAA